CAAUCGUCGAUGUAAACAGAAGGUGAUUUCGGAGUGACAGGGAAAUCGAAUUAGAUGGUGUGUUAAAAGUGAAGAGUCGUUUUAAAUAAUCUAUGCAGCAGCUCGGUGGGAUUUCUUAAGCGCCAUGGAGCUGUACAUCAACCUGAAGGUGAAUUUUCGGGGCAACACCAAGAGUUUUCUGCUGUCCGGCUCGGAGAUUAAGAGCUGGGAGUGUAUGGAGGCCACGGUGAAGAGAUCUUUUGGGUUGUGCAGCCUACAGCUGACUUACUAUGAUGAGGAGAAUGAAGAGGUGUCGAUAAACAGCCAGUUGGAGUAUGAAGAGGCUCUGAAGAGCGCCGCUAGGCAGGGCAACCGGCUGCAGAUGAACGUCUACGAGAGCCGAGGCGCAGGCAGAGUCCCCGGACCAGUACCCGGCCCGAACCUGGCUCAGGUGAAGUCGGGCAGCAUGACGGAACCGAAGAAAGGCUUUCGACCCCCUCAGCACUGCCCGAGCCUGGCGCAGGCGGUGAGCCGAAAAGUUCAGGCUGCUGUUCCCGAACAGGGUUUAGUGUCCCUCAAUGAGCUUAAAGGUGGUAAAGCAGAGGAUAAGACGCCUCCAGCCUGGUUCACCUCUUACAUGGAGAAGUUUAAGGAUCAGGUAGUGCGGGAGGCGGUGGAGAAGAUCUGCCGGGAGUUCUCGGGCCAGUGCUGCAUCCAUAAACCCCUUGGAGCCGAGGCUCAGGUCUCCGAGGUCUCCUCAUCCACGCUGCCCGGAGCUCCGAGCUCAGCACCCGCCUGCAGCAGCUGCAGGGGACAGACCGCCGGAGGAGGAUACCAGUGCAGCGUGUGUACAUCCUGCACUCUCUGUGAGCCGUGUAGCUUCUCUCAUGACCCAAGCCACAGCCUAGUGAGGGCCCGGACGCCCCUGUCCAUCCCCGAACGAGGCUCUCCAGCUCCGGAUCAAAGCAGGUUCUACAGACGGGGAGAUCGGAGUUUCCGUAAGGCAGAAAAGCAGCGUCUGAAGGCCGAGAAGCGGCAGCUGAAGGCGGAGGUGAAGGAGAUCAGAAAGCAGCUGAGGAUGGAGAGGAGGACCCUGCAGUGGGGCUGUACAGCAGACGGGACCUCGUCUCCGGUGCUGCUGCAGCCCAGAGCGACGCAGAUCAACAGCCCCGAGCGUCCGAAGCGUCCGUGUCCCCUCGCCGUCCCCGCCAUGACGGCUCUGCUGCUGGACGAAAACCUGCCGGACGGAUCGCGUCUCAGACCCGGGACCAAAUUCAUCAAGUACUGGAAAAUGAAGAACAGCGGCACAAUGAGCUGGAGCUCAGAGACCAAGUUGAAGUUCAUGUGGGGGAACCUGGCCGUGGGUUCGGGCGAGAGAUGGAAGGAGGUUGCUGUGCCCACGCUGCAGCCUGGCCAGGUCGGACUAGUGAGCGUGGCGCUGUUAGCGCCAACUUUGGAGGGCACCUACACCUCACAUUGGCGCCUGGCACAUCGAGCAGAGCAGUUCGGGCCCCGGGUUUGGUGCAGCAUCGUAGUGGAUCCUGAAGCCCCAACCGCCAUCUCUGCUGAUGGGCUGCUCGUCUCUCCAUGCGUCACCCCACAGGAUAAAUCAGUGCGUACUCUGGAGCGGGAGGAGAAAAACCGGACGGCCGUGAGGGAACAGCUGCUCAUCACGGUCGAUCAGGAUUGCGAUCAGGAGUUUUACAUUCCAUCUGUAGAUCUGCUAACAGCGCAGGACUUGCUGUCAUUUGAGCUUCUGGAUAUUAAUAUCGUUCAGGAGUUGGAGAGCGUGCCGAAUAACACUCCUGCAGAUAUCACUCCAUGCAUAUCUCCUCUGCCCCAUGAUGCACUGCUGCAGGACAAGUCCGCUCUGGGGCUCAUCCAGGAGGAAACAGAAGCCCAAGCAGUCAACAGCAUUUUGGAUGUCGCUCAGACCCCCUCAGAAUCAGGAGGAGUUCCAGCCCAGGAGAAAGGAGAAGACGACGUGAUCAGUCGUCAGUUCGUGAGCGAUCAUGUGAUUCGCUCUCUCACGCUGGGCGGAGUGUUGGAGCACGGCGUACUUCAUGGAAGAUGCACCACGAACGUCCUGCGUCCAGCCCCGCAAGGCUCCGUGUCUCUUUGCGAGAGGAGGGUGGACAGAAUGUCCGAAAGCUUCGACACUCCAGCAUCGGUCCCACCUAAAGCGGAGACGGAAGAGGAACUUCACGGUCCGGCUCCGCUUCUCUCCGUUACCGCGGAUCAGCUUCCUGCAGAUGAAGGGAACGAGUCCGACAUCGAGAGAAUCUUAGUGGAACCUGCCGCCGGGGAGGACGAUGCUUCAGAGAAGAAGAAGUCGAGGAAGCAGAAAGCGCGAGAGACGGAGGAAGGUAAAGAAGGUCGCAGCAGGACGUCGUCCGCCUCCUCCGAGGACUACAUCAUCAUCCUGCCCGACUGCUUCGACACCAGUCGCCCCCUCGGGGAGUCCAUGUACAGCUCCGCUCUCUCUCAGCCCGGGGACGAGAGCCCGCGCCAGGUGAGCGCCGAUGCUAACGACAUGCUGUGCGCGUCUCAGACCCUGGAUUCGGUCCCACUCACGCCCGUCGUCGUAGCCGCACCCCGACCCUCCGCCCAGUCCGGCUCCGACACCGAGGAGCAGUCAGAAAGCGCUGAGACUCCAGGAGAUCCUGAGGAACAUCAGCUACCUACAGACACAGAGAACGAGGAGCCGGAACAUCAUGAUUCUGCACCGAGUCCUUCAGACGCUACGAGCUCCUGUUCAGCUGCUGAUUCUGAGAUCCAGGAACUCAAAGCUAACAGUAUAACCGGUGGUCUGGUGAAAGGUGCUCUCUCUGUGGCAGCCUCGGCUUAUAAAGCCCUGUUUACGGGACUGUCCGGCUCUGAACAACUUCCAGAGGAAGCCGCCACUCAGGAUGCCAUGAUGGCCGUCCUGGUGGAGAUGGGUUUCGCCGAUCGGGCGCUGAACCAGCGACUGCUGAAAAAACACAGCCUGAACCUGCUGGACGUCGUCAAUGAACUCGUGCACAUGCAGGACAACGACUGGUACUCCAACCGCUACUGAUACCCUGAUCAGCGGGAUUCUAACCUUUAAUCUUUAGCACUAUUAUUUAUGAAUUUCUUUCUGUGUGUGUGUGUGUGUGUGAGUGCGAGUGUGUAUGUGCUCCAAUCAUAGGUGAGAUUCCAUAAGUAGAGAAAUGACCAGAAUUUCAUUCCAAUAUUUCAUUCCUAUAUUUAUUCCUGUUGUUUGUAGUUUAUUAGGUGGGUGGGUGUGGUUGCGUUUGCUUAAUUAUAAUGACUAGUAUUCCACUGCCUGUCAAGCUCCCAGUUUAUCUUCCAGUUUGCCAUUUUCCAGCCUUGUACCGGCUCCCCGUUACACUCCAGCCACCAGCCUGAGAGAUCAGUGCGCGAUACGGAUCUCCAUCAGAGCCCACCUCAUGAGAGGUGUGUGUUAGUGUUAGUUACAGAGGUCUGCAGCAGUAUAGGUGAAAUACGAUCUGGGAAUUGGAUACGACUAAACUGGGAGGAAAAAUGAAAAAUGCAUAAAAAGCUUCGUCCUUACAAGCUCUUGACAUGCAGUGUGUGUCUUCAUUAGCUCGAAAUGAGCGCAAAGUCUUAUUCAAAGCAUAAAAGUCCAGAACUGGAAAUAACUGCUUCUAUGUAGAAAGUGAUUUUAAUUAAUAAGACGUGCUAGUGUUCAUGAUCUGAUCUGUAGGUUUUGAUUUUGAACUAGAAACUGGAUUUAUUCUCUAGAACAUCUGGGUAAGGAUGUAAAAAUAAUUAAUAUAUAUAUUUCUUUUUAGUUGCUCAUUAACAUGAUGCACUUAACGAUCAGUUGAUUAGCUGAUCAGCAAUCAAAACUGAUCCCUGGAUUAAAGACAAUUCCAUGAUGAUGAUGAUGAUGAUGAGGAGGACUGUAGUGUGUAAUGCUUCUUUAAUAUGCAUCGCUUUACAUUCCUGCUUUAGGAAGGACAUUCAACUGAUGUGUUACUUGAACAUCUAAUGCUUAAAUAUUUUUAUUCCUGUUUAUGAAAAUAAGAACACAAAAUAAGUCUUUUUUAAUUUACAUUGUGUAAACGCAACAGCUAUCAGAUAAUCUGUGGGUUGUAAUCUGCUACGAUCGUUUAUUUAUGUACUUCUUUAUUAAGAGUAGUAAUAAUUGGGAAUGGUGUAAUAGACGCUCGGAUGGUGUGGCGAUUAUUACUGCUACUAUGCUACCUGCCGAAAUCGGCGUUCUAAUCUCAGUGGUGCUAUCAGCCGGCUCACUGUCUGCACAGGCACGACUGGUUGUAUUAUCUUUUUGAAGUAAUAUUUUCAAUCAGCAAAAUUACAUCGUAUGUGUGAUGUGCACAACGUUAAGUAUGUUAUUUUAUCUUGGUUUGUGUGCAAUGGUUGACAAAGG